AUGGCACCACCAUCGUUUCAUAUAGCUAUAUAUGGUCUUUUAAAUUCUGAUGAAUAUCAAUUAGCUAAACAUUGUCUGGAAGAUUUACAACGAACACAUUCAAAACAAAUAUCUAAUUCAGAAAUUCAUCCAUUACUUGAAUAUGAAUGGAAAUCAUUUUCAUUAAAUAAACGCGCAGAAUUACGUGGUGAAACAUGGUCAUUUAAUGAUAAAUGUAUGGUAUUUAUUGAUAAACAAUUACUUGGAAAUGCUGAACAAUUUUUACAUUGGGCAAAAAAUACAUUUGAUCAUACUGAUUUUCGUUCAAAUGAACUUUUAGGAGUAUUUUCAAAUGAAGAAUACAAACGUCACUUUGAAUCACACGACAAUCGACAUACGUAUUGUUUUAUGGAUUUUCAAAUUGAAGAUCGUGAAAAUUCUCAAACAACUGAUAUUGGUCGUUUAGUAUUUGAAUUAUUUAAUAAUCAAGCACCUGAAACAUGUGAAAAUUUUCGAGCAUUAUGCACAGGUGAAAAAGGUCAAAGUGAACAAACUGGUACAAUUCUUCAUUAUAAAGAUUCAAUUAUUCAUCGUAUUGUACCAAAUGGUUGGAUUCAAGGUGGAGAUAUUCGAGGUGGUAGAGGUAAUGGUGGAGAAUCAAUCUAUGGUGAAACAUUUCCUGAUGAAACAUUUGUUGUUAAACAUAAUCAACGAGGUAUUCUUGGUAUGGUAAAUAAAGGUUAUCGACAUUCAAAUGGCAGUCAAUUUUAUAUAACUCUAUCAAAUGCUUGUGAAUGGAUGUCAAAUCGUUUUGUUGCAUUUGGUCGUGUUGUUGAAGGUUUUGAUACAUUAAAUAAACUGGAACAUAUCGAUACAAUUAAUCAACGACCAAUAAAAGCUAUUAAAAUUGUCGAUUGUGGAACAGUUCAAUUAGAUGGAGAAUAA